AUGUUCUACAUUCAAUAUACAACUCAUCAAGAACUGGAUCAGCAUAAUUUUUUGAGUAUCACAGCAAACUUAACACCAUUCAGUGAAUAUAAUCAAAGUCCAAGAAAUAUGUACCAAUGUCAGACGGCUAAACAAACAAUGGGUACUCCUUCAUUAGCUUAUCGUCGUCGUAAUGAUAAUAAACUUUACUAUAUCACAACUCCUCAAGCUCCACUUGUACGAAUCAGUGUUUAUAAUCAAUAUUUGUUGGAUAAUUAUGCUAUGGGAACAAAUGCUAUUGUUGCUGUACUCUCUUAUACGAUAUGA